AUGUCUGCGCCGCCAGGGUUGUCCGGAAAGACUGCGUAUCACUACUUCACCAAGGAUGGAGGCCCUCCGAACAAAGGAGCACCUCCCAGUGGGUCUUCAUCGUCCCAAGGACAGAUGAUGCCACCACCCUACUCAUUCAUGCCACCUUCUUGCGGAGCUCCGUCUUCUCAACCGGGUCCUAUCUUCGUCUCACCCAGUUCUGGCUUUCCUGGAGCUGUAUGCUUUCCUAAUGGGGGACCACCACAGCCGCCGCAGCCGCCAUCAUGGUUUCCGCCACCGGCGCCUCCUCCUCCCGGAGGGUCAGGUGGAGGGUUCAACGUCCCAGGCGCGGUGGCCCAUGCGGCAGCUCAACAACCCGAACCUCCAGUUAGUGGAAACCGUGUCAAAGAUCGACUUCUUGUGGUCAAGGAUAGCGGUGGUACCGGCUAUGUGGUGCCCAAGCACAACGUGACCUUUCAUCUCUUCACCCACAACAUCUUGGACAAGUAUCCUGUGAACACCAACAACCAAUUAUACAUACCUUCAAAUGCCUGUGAGCCUUUCCGUGUGAUGACUGCCGCAUGUUCGAUGCCAAUCGAGGAACUCAUUGAGCAGCUCGAUUGCAUCAAAGACGCUCCUCCAGGGUAUCCACGGUAUGCCAUUGGCAUUGCAGAAGCGUUUGACUGCGGUAAUGGAUGGUUCCAAAUCGGCACCAAGAUACAUUUGGACGAGUCCAAGGCAUCCAUGACCAUCAAACAACUCUGGGGAGAAAGUGUGGGUGAAGCAGGAGAGACCAGACCGCGGUAUCUGGUUCGUCUGCCGUGA